GUAAACGCCAUAUAGCGUUCUAACAAGAACGUCAGACUUCAGUCUACAUAAAUCCACGCGUCGACCGCGAACAGAAAAUUUUGUGUGUUGUUUAAAGCCGGUGUUAUAGUGAGUAUCUAUCGCGGAGUUGUGUGUAUAUAAUAAUAAUUUUGUUCGCAACACAGUGUCGAUUGGAAUUAUAAUCAAAUGUGUAUUUUCGGUGAACUUUAAAAAUAGUUACUGAAACAUAAGCUGUGUUAAUGAUUCUGGAUUGCACGUGGAAAUCGUAAUCAAACCAGCAAUUAAAAUUAAACUUAUUUAAACAACGGAAGAAGCUGCUGCCACAGAAAAAACAAAAAUGGAAGGUGGAUAUAUAAACGAAGAAAUGGAUUCUAUUGAAGACAAAGGUGGUCAACUAAAGUCCAAAAACGGACAAAAAUACAUUGUGAACCAGAGACCGGCUGGCGUAUACAUACCAAAAAAUUGCAUAUUUUUCACUGCUUUGCUGGCUGUUAUUGCGAUGAUAAUUAUAAUAGUUUUAACAUAUUUGCUGCUGAGUCAAAGUUGCUCGGCAAACGGAAACACAUCGUUACAAAAUGAUACAAUCUCAAAAGCUGGUUUGUUUGGCGCCACAACGUCUAAUUCUAAUUCGGUGCUGUCUGAUCAAAGUGAUGGAAAUGAGCGUGGAAACGCAGAAAUAAUUUUAAAUGACGGAUGGAAUCCACGGCUGUACAAAUUACUGAUCGAACCAGAUUUCAUUUCGGGCACAAGUAAUGGCAGUGUUUCGAUUGAUGUGAUACGAGACUCACUGGAAAAAGGACUUCCACCGAUUGUGUUGGACAUAAAUAACAUUACAAUAACGGAGGCCAAAGUAUUUCAUUACCCUUCCGAUAUUGCCUCUCCGCUGGAUAUUGAAACGGCAUACGGCGAGCACAACGACACCUUUAUCAUUGACAUAAAACGUGGAAUCGAUAAAAACGAUGAAAACAUAACGCUUCAAAUUCAAUUGAAUUUCAUCAGUAUACUAACCGACACACUACAAGGAUUUUAUCGAGCGUCCUACAAAGAUGGAAGGAAUGAGGAAACAAAAUGGCUUGCAAGCACGCAAUUUUCACCAAUCGAUGCUAGGCGUGCGUUUCCCUGCUUCGAUCGGCCGGAUAAAAAGGCACAGUUCCAGAUUAGCAUUAUUCGGGAAGAAGACAAAUCGAUGACACUAUCAAACAUGCCCAGUUCGAACUUAAGCUUUGCCAAACCCGGAUAUAUUCAAGAAGAUUUCGAGAUAACACCGAAAAUGUCCACUUACUUGGUCGCAUUUAUUGUGUCCGAUUUGGUUAUUGCAAACGUGUCAACUGUGCCAUUGGCAUCAAAUCUACCGCGAAUAAACAUUUGGACCAGGAAAGAGGUGGCUGAUAUGGCCGGCUACACACACGAUGCUACCGUAAAAAUUUUACCAUUCCUGGAAGAAUACUUUGGCAUCAAAUAUCAAUUGCCCAAAAUUGAUAUGGUCGCGGUGCCAGACUUUGGUUUUCGCGCUAUGGAAAAUUGGGGUUUGAUCACUUUUCGCGAGGCCAGCAUAUUAGUCCCAGAAAAUGAAAGCAUCCGAUCAUCAGCUGAACAUACAGAGCACGUAACAGCCGUAUUGGCGCAUGAACUUGCACACAUGUGGUUCGGUAAUCUAGUCACAAUGAAGUGGUGGAGUGAUUUGUGGUUGAAAGAAGGCUUCGCUACAUACAUGAGCUAUUUGGCUAUUGAGCAUAUCGAACCGGGAUGGCAAAUAAUGGAUUUUUUCUCGGUAAAAUCACUGCAAAAUGCAAUGGAAAUCGAUGCGGACAGUAGCAGUCAUCCGAUUUCAUUUCCGGUUUCGAAACCAUCCGAUAUACGUCGGAUAUUCGAUCCAAUCUCGUAUUCCAAGGGAGCGUCAAUCAUUCGAAUGAUGAAUGGAUUUUUGGGUGAAAAGGCGUUCAAGGGCGGUCUGCAGGCGUACUUAAACAAGUUCCAAUAUGAUAAUGCUGUGCAGGACGACCUUUGGGAAGUUAUGACAAAUUUCGGUCACAAGUACAACACGUUACCAAAAGAUUUUGAUGUUAAAAAGAUUAUGGACACGUGGACGCUUCAGCCGGGCUAUCCAGUUGUGACUGUCGUUAGAAGUGGAGCCAAUGUGACCAUAUCUCAACAGAAAUAUAUGCUACCGGCAGUUGAUUAUGAAGACACAACGCGUUGGUUCAUACCAAUCACAUAUGAAACGAAAGCCCGACGCACUCAGGAUGGUCUUCCAACCUAUUGGCUGUCCAACUCGAAAAACAUAACAAUUCCAAAUGCCGUUGAUCCGACUCACUGGAUGUACGUCAAUAUUCAACGGGCCGGAUAUUAUCGUGUCAAUUACGAUUACGAUUCUUGGGUCAUCUUAAGUCGAAGUUUCGAUGAAUUCACACCCGUUGUCAGGGCUCAACUUGUCGAUGAUGCUUUGAAUUUGGCUAGAGCAGAGAUAUUGUCGUACGAUAUUCCGUUGACAUUUUUACUGAGAUUGGGUAAUCAUGCCGAUGCGUUGCCGUGGGCCGCUACGGAAAAUAGUCUUCAAUAUUUGACAUACAUGAUUAAUAGAGAACCGGCUUACGAACAUUUCCGCGCUUUGAUGAGAUUCAUAUUGAAACCGAUCUACGAAAAAAUGGGUUUCGAUGAGAUUCAGGGAGAGUCUCACGUUGAACUGAUGCACCGCUGCCGAAUCAUCAAUUUUGCUUGUCAUUUCGGAUACGAUCGGUGUACGAAUCGGGCUCAAAUUCUGUUCCGUGACUGGAUGAGAGAUAAGUCUUUGAAUUUAAUCAGCCCCAAUCUGAAGGAGGUCAUCUACUGUACUGCAAUGAGAGAGGGUUCAUUCCAGGAAUGGUAUUUCGCUUACGAACGUUAUUUGGCUACAACAAGCGCCGCAGAAAAGGAAUUAAUUCUGAGCGCAUUGGGAUGUACAACAAAACCGUGGCUGCUAUCCAAAUACUUGAACAUGACAAUUUCGUCAACAUCAGGCAUCCGUAAACAGGAUGGUGCUCGAGCAUUCGUUUCUGUUGCACAGAACAACAUUGGAUACGAGAUUGCAUUCGAUUUCUUGGUGACAAAUAUCAAGGAAAUAAGUGAAUACUUUGGCGAUGGUUUUUCCACUUUGUCGAAAAUGAUCGAUUCAGUUACGACUUACAUGAACAAAGACUACCAAAAAGACCAAUUCCAACAGUUCGCCGAAAAGGCUCGUUCACUCGGUCUGAAGUCGGUUGAAUCGAGCAUAAAGUUGGCAUCGGAACAAGUCAAGAAUAAUAUCUACUGGAGAUCUAGAUCGUAUUAUAAGCUACAAGAAUAUCUGGAAACGUUAACCAGGCAGCUGCACAUUAAUUUGUAUUAAACGUUCUUGGAGAAACGAGAGAUGACGCGAACGAGGAAUCGUAUAUUGUGUAAUGUAGGCAGAAGGGUGUGUUUGUGCAGUGUGUGCAUGGUGUUCAUUCGGAGUAACUGCCAUAAUAUUUUUAUUUUUUAUUUAUUUGUAAGGAGCUUUGUUGGCUAUUUCCUAUUCUUGUUUUAAAAAAAAUUAAAAUUUGAAAAAAACAAAAAACAAAUCUAUCGAUAAGUAACAAACUAUGUGAUUGUAGUGUAAAGUCAGGACAAAAAUUGUAUGAAAGUAUUUUAGAUGAAAAAUAAAGAGAAGAAAGGAAAUUGAUUGAAGAUAUUGACAAAAUGGACACAAUUACAAUGAAUGUUUAAUUAAAUGAUCCAAAUAAAAUGACGAUUGACGAUGUUGACUACAAGAUAAA